AUGACCAUGUGGGCAGAACAACAUUUUCCAGCCAUAGGCAACUUAGACAUACAGGAUAGCAGCACGACAUUGACAGACGGCAAGGUAGAGGAGACCUCUCUCUUUGAAACCUCUGUGAGUCUCGCCGCACGACCUGUCGAAUCGUCUUUCUUCGCCGGAUGGCAAAGAACAUUUCAUGUGCACGGUUUUUAUCCCCCAGCAUGGACGCUGAUUCAAGGAGCCAUAUUUUUAUCCUUGGCAACUGUGGUGUUGCUCAUCUCCAGCUGUUUCUGGAGCAUGAAACUGAGUGCGGCAAAGCUUUCCGCUGGGAGGCUCAGGCUCCUUGCAGCUAAAGACUUCACCUCUUGUAGUCCCUCUGACGAACAUGGGGCGCCUCUUGACCCGCGGCAGUUGCAGCCAGACUCCUCUGCUCAGCUCCAGCUUGAAGCGCUGCAGCUGCCCGACACAGAGGUGGGCGUGUUGACGCAAGAGGAUGAAGAGUCCAUUGCCACUGCACGCACAACAUUGUCGAAGCUUAUGCACGUAGUCUCACUCCUUCAGCGUGUCAUUUCGAAGCUGGAAGAAUCGUAUAAGCAAGAGCAGGCAGCACUCAAUCGCGCAGUUGCUCUGGGUGAUCACAAGCAAAGACAAUCUUCACAAGAGAAUAUGAAGGAGAAAAUGGAAUCUCUGUUGGAGAAAAAAGAUGAUCUGAAGGCAAAACAAGAAAGGCUUUCUGCCUUGGGGUGGAGAUCCAGCCAAGAAGAACGAGUACUGCUGCUGCAAGCGAGAGCUGCUUGCGCUGGGAGAAGAAUAUCCCCGCGCGUAGCUCGAGCCCUCGCUGCGAGGGAUGUCGUCCUUGCGGAGGGGCAAGUUGUUCGCGAGAGACCCACCAUUACGGAGGUUUCAGUUGCUAAAAGCCUAGUGCAAAGAACACUGGACGAGGCAGAGAACAUCACAGUGCGCAUCAGCGCUCGCGGCCCUCAACUAGAAGGCCUUGAAGGCCAGUGGAAAUUAUGCCUGGAAGAAGUAAUCAGCUUCAAGGCAGGGGCGCAGGCAAUGGGACUGUCAGACCACGUGCUUCAGCUGGAAGAAGCACAGCGAAAGUUACAGGCUGCACUAGGGACAGGCAGCGCACAACACCCGGCAGAACCUGAAAGACGUCCUGGCCGUCCACUUCGAAGGCAUGCGACGAUUCCUCCCUCAUUUGGCACGCAACGUCCUUAUCCUCCGAAGCAGAGUCCUGUCAGUGCUCCCAGUGAAAGGUUAAGUCCCGAACUCAAGUUUUCGCAGAGCCGUGCUGAUGACGGGAUGUCGCAUAGUCCUUCACACAGCCUGCAAUCUCUUGGCUCAAGUGGUCUGCCCUCUAAAGCAGCUCCUUCUCUUCCAGUUGGACAGCCUGUUCAUCCUCCAAGUCGGUUGCCCGACGUGCCUCAGAAGCCGCUUACCUCAACCCCUGUAAAGGGCCUUCCUUCAACCCAGUCGUUGGACACCCCAAAUGUGACCAGCCAUGAUGUGCCUAAUUCGUAUGCGGCUCGCCAACAGCGCUUAUCAGCAUGCUCUGAUAUCCACCCAGCACCCGAGCCUACUCCUUAUCCUGGCCUCCACCGACCCCAGCGGCUAGGAAGAACAGCUAGCCUUCCAUGUGACCGGACGGUCCGAAGUCAGACUGCCAGCCCAGUUCCAGCAGCCUUGCCACCGCGUAACGCUCGUGGCCUGCAGAGGCCUAAAUUCCCACCUCCUGAACCGCCUACAAAGCCGCAAAGUGAUGCGACCCGAGCUAGUCAGGAGUCGCAAGCCGCAGGCUCCGGGGACCCCCAACACACUUCGCAACCCCAUAUUUCCCCCCAAAAGCCAGUUCUCGGCUUCAUGUCUUCGGAUUCGCUCCACCAACCUUCAUCAGGUAUUGUCGGAACAAUUCAAAGAGCACCACGGCAGAGUUCACUGCCUUUGUCCCGUCAUGAAAGUUUCACUCGCCCAUCUCAAGAGGCGAGGCCGGGUGUGCAUCUGCAGACUGGUGGUCAGGAACCAACUGUCUCGCCUUCAGAGAAGCACAGCAGGCAUGCUUCGCUGCAACGGCGAAGUUCCGCCCCCCCAGUGCCCUCCCGCCGACCGUCAAAGCAAUCGUCUCCAUCUUCAUUGGCUCAACCUUCACCUGGUGUCUCUCUCUCGCCUCUAAAGUCCCUAUCUGAGAUGGUUGCUCGUUCAAAGCGUUCUCCAACCCUAGAGGCUCCGCAGGAUGGCGGCUCUAAAGGGUUUUCAUCCCUUUUGGGCCGGCUAUCUUCCGUUUCAAAACUCUUUUCCCCCGGAAAUGCACAUCCUAGAAGUGGCCCUGCUGCUAACUCACCAAACGAGACCCGGGGGGCGGCAGCUAAGCCUUUAACGGCUGGCUCUCGCGCUACCGCCUCAUCAAGCGACCAAGAGUUUGAAGCCUCAUCAAUUUCUGAGUCGCCCUCCACUCCGUCGAGUGGUUUCCCUCCUAUUAAGAGGCAGUAUACUUUUGGUCCUGGAACGUCUCCUCGAACCCCCACUGAUGCGUCUCGUCCAUCAGAUGGAAAUGAACGCAGCCCAGAAGAUCCCCUCCCACUUCGCAUUCCGUUGCCAGGGCUUCAAAAAGAACACAAGGCUUCGAGUGGUUUCCCUUUUGUUGAAAGGCAGUACGAAACGUCUCCUCGAACCCCCACUGAUGCGUCUCGUCCAUCAGAUGGAAAUGAACGCAGCCCAGAAGAUCCCCUCCCACUUCGCAUUCCGUUGCCAGGGCUUCAAAAAGAACACAAGGCUUCGAGUGGUUUCCCUUCUGCUGAAAGGCAGUAUGAAACGUCUCCUCGAACCCCCACUGAUGCGUCUCGUCCAUCAGAUGGAAAUGAACGCACACGAGCAGAUACCCUCCCACUUCGCAUUCGGUUGCCAAAGCUUCGAAAAGAACGCAAGGCUUCAAGUUCAGCCUUACGUCUCACGCCUAGCUCGGACCAGAGCUCUUCGUUAGAAGGCGACAGCACUACUUCCCCACCGGAUACUCCACUCACAGAGCCAGCCACGCCAGGCCCAGAUGUGCGCGACAGCCAGCCACUCCCAUCGUCUGAUUCUUCCCUGGUUGAGCAGGAUGCUUUGUCACUUUCCGAUAAUCUUCAUUCACCUACCCUUGCGCUCUAUGAAAUACUGGGGACCGUCCAUUCAGAAACAGCUGGAUAUGAAGUUCCUGAAGCGGGCCUUGUAGACACAUUUGAGGCGGCCAGUGCAGCUGGGCUUUCCUUACUUGAAUAUGCUAAAGAGCUUCGCGGAGGCAGCCAUCCCCCAAAACAAGGCAUUCCCUCCUCUACUUCCCCAGAAUCUUACCAACAUUCUUCACAAAUUCAAACACCUUCACCGUCGGCAAUAUUAGGGCUGUCAGACCAGAGUGCGCCACCUGGCGAAGAUCCACCUCCACUGCAUGGGCCGUUACCACAAAGCAAAGGCCAGCCUGGCAAGCUCACUUCUGAUGAGGAAUCGUUUCUCCUGCUCGACGAGUUAUGGAAAUUCACCACAGCUGCUGGAGACGUAGCCUAUAGAGCCCAAACAAGUCAUGUGGUGUCCGAAGCACAGGAUUCGCUCAAGAAAGGACUUGAGUUGAUUGAACGAUCCAAACGUGUCGUUUCUCUCCCGCUUAAGGACCCAAAAAUUCUCAGGGAUGUUCUGAAAAAACUGGAAGAGUGUAAGUGUGUGUGCUCAACUUUAUACGAGGUGUUGUCUGAAGGCUGGCAGUCUGAACUUGCCAGUGUUAACCAGGCUCUGACUGGAGCGAUAGAGAGCGCCAAAAUGCAGCGGUCGGGGAGGCAACCGGAACUUCCACGCGCCAAAUAUAUUUCCGUACUGGAAAAGCUCCAGGAAAACGCAAAGAAGUCAAGGGGAUUACACGCAGAGAUAUCUCCAUUUGACGUGCCCAGCAUGAGUAGCAAUAUGCUUUCAACUUCUCUCGUUAACGUCCGUGAUGCUACUAUAGCUGCAGAAGAAGAACUGAAGGAGGGAGCAGCAUUUUGCGCGACUUUGUGGAAAAAGGAGCUUCAGAAGCAGGCUGACAUUGCACGAGGCGUGUCAAUUUCAAGCGACCAAGAGCCUGCGAACAGCGACGACGCACUUCUGGGGCUCACGGGACAAUCAGAAGAGCCUCCCCUAAAAAGGGUUCUAGAGGAAGCUACUUUUAUUGCUGGACGUCUAAUGGCUGUGGUCGGCCAUACGCCCGAGGUUCGAGAUCUAAUACAGGCGACACAGCAAAUUCAUGAUGCAUCUGAAGCUAAUUGA